CCUCAGCUCGGCGUCGUUCAGAGCCCCCAACAUGGCGGGCAUCAAAGCUCUCGUGGCGCUUUCCUUCAGCGGAGCCAUCGGGCUGACGUUCCUCAUGCUGGGCUGCGCCCUGGAGUACUACGGUGUAUACUGGCCUCUGUUUGUCUUAAUAUUUUACUUCAUCUGCCCCAUUCCCCACUUCAUUGCAAAAAGAGUAAGUGAUGACAGUGACGCAGCCAGCAGUGCCUGCAGGGAAUUGGCAUAUUUCUUCACAACUGGAAUUGUUGUUUCUGCCUUUGGAUUUCCUAUAAUCCUUGCGCGGGUUGAAGCGAUCAAAUGGGGAGCCUGUGGUCUGGUGCUGGCUGGCAAUGCAGUCAUUUUCCUUACUAUUUUAGGCUUUUUUCUUGUGUUUGGUAGAGGAGAUGACUUUAGCUGGGAACAGUGGUAGGACAUCGCUCUGAUGCUGGUAAUACUUUACGGCAUAUAUCACCAUAUGUAUACUCUGUAUGUGUAUAUGUGUAUAUAUUAUAACAUAUGUGUGUGUGCACGCUGAGAUGUAUGUAUGUGCAUAUGCAUGUAGUUUUACGUUAUCUGAUCAUAACAUGCUUUUUUAAAAUGCAUUUCAGCCAAAGGGAAAAGGCCCUUGUGACCGUUGUCUUAAUGUAUUCAGUAAAAGCUGGAAUCACUGUUGCAAAUUUGUCCCCAAAUAAGUUUACAAAACAUAAGCUGUUCUACUCAUUUUUUUUCCACUGCAUUUGCAUUAACUUUUGUUUUAAUCACAGUAGUAUCGUUGAUACAUGUUAUAUUGGUCAGCAUGCCUGUUGGUUUUUUUUUAACCAUGUAAUUAAAAUAGGCCAAUAUAAAGAUUAUCCUAUUUGGUAUUGUUCUUUCUGCUUUCAUUAGGGAUGAAUUGAGUACUUGCUUUUCAUUCGAGAAUUUGUAAUUUUAGUUUUUUUUCUUGAUAACAUAAAAACAAACAUAGGUUAUGCUAAGUCUUUUACUACCUAAUGAAAGAAAAAGAAAAUAACCCUGGUUAAAAAACCUUCCUUCCACUUAUGGCGUUCAUUUAAAAAAUAAUUCCCCCCACCAAGAUACUCAGGCUUUGUCCCUAUUCAGUUUAACAACUGUGGAUAUAUUUUUGGGAGUAAUAUACUUUAAUGCCUCUUUAAUGCUUAGAGCUGACGUUACUUCUCUUGUGAAGGUUCACAAAAGAAGAAACUACGCUGAGGACACUUAGAAUCACAAUGUAGUAUAUACAACUCGGUAUUCUUAUGUGUGAAAUGCCUGAAUUGCCAAGAAGUGAGUGUUCUGCUGGGUAGGACUUGUUAUCUCCUCAGUUCUCAUUGCUUUUAAAACAUACUUAUUCAACUACUGGUUUUUUUUGUCUGUAAGAAGAGAUUGUUAUAUUAAAACACUAUAUUUUUAAAUGGCAUUAUCCUAGUAAGCGUUCACAUAAUCACACUUACAAAAGUAAACUUUAUUACUGUUUUGACUUGCUGAAUCCUACAAAUUGUGGAGGCAUGUAGUUUUGUAAAAACGCAUUCUGAUACAACCCUAACUCUAGAAGACAUUUCAGAAAUCUGCAAAGGGGUAAAGGAAGAGACGCCUUAGUUUAUUCUUUCAUAGAAACAUGGACAUAAAGAUGUUUCUGCUCUGUGAAGUAAGAAGCUGAAUUGCUGCACAGGCCAUGUUUUACUAUUGCAAGUUCUUCAGACUAGCAGAUUGCAAAUGAUUAUUUUAUAGUUGUGUGAGUUAGUUCAUAGCUGACUGUUCUCAGUAAUAGAAUCUACCCUACAAGAUGCGUCAGUUUCACCAACACAGUGCUUUUUGCCCCAUAAGUUGUUUGGAGCUACUUAUGCUGCUCUCCAAACUCUAUCAAUACUCAUGUACUGCAGAAUGGUGUCCUGUGGAUUGCUGUGCAGAGCAAAGGUUCAAAACUUAACGAAUGUUACAUGAUUGCUCCGAUACUGGCUCUUUUGUUCAUGCUCAGUCCCCUAGAAGCAGGGUACAGAAAUCAUUCUGUGGUCCAAGUGAUGCAGUAUCACUGAAGUACGAAUGGAAUAUCAUGAUUCAGGAAGGUUAAUUACAAGUUUUUAAAUUUUAAACUUAAGAUAUGUGUGAGGUGAACAGUUCAGUGCUGAAGAAUGCUGAGUAGCUGUAUUUUAUACUGCAGUGUGUCUAGGCUGUCAUUCUUGUAAGAGAAGAAUUAACAUUAAAUGACAGUUUUUUCUGGAUCUUAAUGCUUAAUCAAAGACAUAGCAGGAACACACUUGUAAAGAAGCUGUGCAGAAACAAGUUCUCUUACAGUGUCUUCUUCCUGACUUUAGGUGAAAUCUAUUGGACCCUACUGAUUUGUAAAGUACUACUGGGGAAAUUACUUGCUCUAAUUAUGAGCCAGGUUGUUCAGAGUAAUCAUAGUUUUCAUGUAUAAGUCCUGCUUUGAUUUUUGAAGAAGUUGCUUUUUCUUCCUAUACCAUGGCAUUUUUCAUUCAAAUUGAUGAAGUAAACCAGCAACAAUAAUACACGAUUUAAGUGCCUGAUCCUGUAAAUGCCUGAAGUCAUUGCUAACAAUUCUGUUUAACUCCUGUUAAAGUACUCAUGUGCUUGCAGGGUUAGGUUCUUGAGUAUUUUUACUCCUUAGAAUUUAGGUACCGAAGGCUGCAAUAGCAGUCUAUAAAACUACUCCAUUACUGAUGAAUUUUUGCUUUCAAGACAGUGGUGUGAAAACCAGCUGAGAUAAAUUUUUCUUUAAAUUAGAGAAUCAUUAUUUGUGGAAUCUGUUCUAGAUCUAUCAGUAAAUCGUGUGCUUGUGGCAGAUUGGGAUACAGGCAGUAAACAUUUGACAAUCUAAAACAAAAAGGAGGAGUAGAAAGUACAGACUUGAAGAGAGGUUGCUUCUUUGACAAAUUAUUCUGUUGUACUGUAUUUCCUUUGAUAUUACUGUGGUUGGUGGGACCUCAUGAAACGACAGGUAAAUGUUGAAAGGAGAAAGUCAAUGCGCUUUUUUGUUCUUUUGGAGCAGCUACAUGCACUAAUCCUUAAUGUGAACUUCAUGCAAUUUUUACCAUGGACUUUUAAAACAUUUAACUUUAAAAAUUGUGUUUAACAAUGUUUAAAUCAUGGAAAUCUUCCUUGACCUCUUUAAAAGUAAAUUUGCUUGAACGAGUCUUUGGUAUCAAAUAGAGUAAAAAAAAAAAAAAGAAUAAACUCAAUGCUUUUUUAAUCAAGAGCUUCACUCAUUCACACAAACCUGGUGCUUUGAUGGCCAGUAUUGGGCAAACUGUCACUAUCUACCAGUAGCAAUUUACUGUGGUUUCUCUGAAAUUGUUUUCCUAUAUGGAAGUCAAUACUAUGUAUCCAAAGUGCCUUAAUUUCGAUACUAUGCUGAUUUUUGUGAAUGCAUAUACAUGGCAAUAUCACUGUUUCAUAAUCAGGUGAAAAAUCUGUUACUGCAUUUUGUAAGGCUUCCUUGUCAACUAAUCAUGUUUUCUGUAAUUCGGAAUGCAGUGCAGCUUUGGUAACUUUUGUAAACACUAUUUUUAUUUUCUGUGAUUGCCAGGUUCUUGAGAGGAUGAAGUAUUAAAACAUGGAAAUUAAAACAUAUUCUACUUUUCUUUUUGAACUGUCUAAUAAAACUGAAUUUUUGAAUUGUCUAAU